GGUGGAAUAAUAAUGCAUUAAUUUAUUAACCUCGGCGGUCUCCUCACUCUUCAACUAAAUAAAUCUCCAAUUCCUGAUGCUUUCUUCUUCACUCUUCACUUUCCACUCAAACACAAAGGUAGCCAUGGAAACACCAACACCCCGGGCUUUGAAAAUAUACUUCCUCCCAUUCUUCGCACAGGGGCACCUAAUCCCACUAGUCCAGCUUGCACGCUUGGUGGCGUCACGUGCCCAGCACGUCACCAUCAUCACCACCCCCUCCAACGCCCAACUCUUCCACAAAACCCUCAACGACGCCGCCGCCGCCGCCCACCGCGUCCGCGUUCUCCUGAUCGACUUCCCAGCCUCCCAGGUUGGCCUCCCCACCGGCGUGGAGAAUCUCGUGGCCGCCUCCGACAACGACACCGCCUACAAGAUAAGUAUGGCGGCGCACCUCAUCAAACCCCAAGUGGAGUCCCUCAUGAAGCAAUCCCCUCCCGAUGUGUUCAUCCCCGACAUCAUGUUCACCUGGUCCAAACACUCCUCCACCGCUCUCAACAUCCCCAGACUCGUCUUCAGCCCCAUUUCAAUCUUCGGCGUCUGCAUGUUCCACGCCAUCAAGGAAAACCCUCAAGCCUUUCAUUCUCACUCUCGACCCUAUCACAUCCCGGCUCUACCACACGCUCUUACCUUGCCCAUAAAACCCUCACCUGGUUUCCUUGCUAUCACUCAAUCUUUGUUGGACGGUGAAGAAGGAAGCCAUGGGGUCAUCGUAAACAGCUUUGCGGAACUCGACGUGGAGUAUACCAAACACUACGAGAAUCUCACUGGGAGAAAAGUGUGGCAUAUUGGACCUAGUUCCCUCAUGGUGCAGAAAACAGUGCCUAGUGUUAAAGGAGAUGAACACGAAUGCCUGACAUGGCUCAACUCAAAGGAAAAUGAUUCGGUCGUUUACAUUUGUUUCGGGAGUUUGUCUCUUAUUUCGGAUAAGCAGCUUUAUGAAAUAGCCAUUGGACUUGAAGCGUCAGGGCAUCAGUUUCUCUGGGUGGUUCAUCGGAAAAACAAAGACAAAGGCAACGAAGAAGAAGAAACAUGGUUGCCGGAAGGGUUUAAGGAGAGGAUGAGGGAGAAAAAGAGAGGGAUGCUGAUAAAGGGGUGGGCCCCACAGCCGUUGAUUUUGAACCACGGUGCUGUUGGAGGGUUUGUGACGCACUGUGGGUGGAACUCGGUGGCCGAGGCUAUCAGUGCUGGGGUUCCGAUGAUAACCAUGCCGGGGUUUGGUGACCACUACUAUACUGAGAAGCUGAUAACGGAGGUGCAUGGAUUUGGGGUGGAGGUGGGCGCAGCGGAGUGGACCCUGUCGCCGUACGAGGGUAAGAAGAGUGUGGUGAGUGGGGAGAGGAUAGAGAAGGCUGUGAGGAGGCUGAUGGAUGGUGGAGAAGGUGAGGGGAUUAGGAAGAAAGCGAAGGAGAUGAAGUACAAAGCUUGGAAAGCUGUUAAUGAAGGUGGAUCCUCUCACAACAGUCUCUUGGAUUUGGUACAACAUCUUAAGAGCUUUGUGCCUAACCUAGAAAAGGUAGCUAAUAACUAGUUAAAUAGUAAUACCUUCAAUUUUCAUACUCUUCGUGCUACAAUCAAUGAUAAUAAGGGGUUUUCUGCCAAAUUAAAUUAAAAAAAUUCUAAAAGUUAAAAAUUAAAAAAAACUAUUUAUCGAAGUAAAUAGUUUCUGCUAAGCUGGCAUUCAUGGAAUAAGUGGAGCGGGGGGUUGUGCGCAAUCAAGCAACGCACAAAUGGAGUAGAUGGAACAGGGGGUGUACACAAAAGGAAGUGGAUCCUCUGACUUUAUGGAGAAAAAAUUAUGGUAACUUAAUACAUUUAAACAGUUAGAUUUGUAAUAAUAGAUUAGAUUGUGACACGUAUACAAUAUAUAUUUUGGUGUUUAGGGUUUAGGAUUUAAAUGUACACGUGUCAUAAUCUGGUUUAUUUUUAUAAAUCUAAUAGUUUAAAUGCAUUAAGUUAUCUUAACUUUCAUUUUUUAAAGUCAGAAAAUCUGAAUUCAUACAGAAAGAGAUCUGGCAUGGAUGGAGUAGGGGGGUUGUGCACAAUCAGUUCUGGCAUGGUUGUCCCCUUUGCAUGAUGAGCAUGAUCCAGACCAAGAGGUAGAGUGUUUUGUUUUUGUUUUUUUUUUUCUUAUAUGUAUUUUGCUUAACAACAUGUAAUAUUUUUGUUAUUGAAGAAUAAAACUAUAAAUGUUUGGUCUUGUCAGGACUUAGUAGCAAAUUUAA